AAAGGAAGUAGGGUUGGGAGAGGAGGAAGAGGGAGGCCUACAGGAAGGGAUGGCCACCAGUUCGGACCUCCAAUGCCAAUGAUGGGAUCACCUUUUGGACCACUUGGAAUGCCAUCACCUGGAUCUGUGCAAUCUUUAGCUCCUAACAUGUCACCUGCUCCAGGUCCUCCUAUGUCCCCCGGUGUUUUCAUUCCUCCAUUUUCACCUCCUGUGGUUUGGCCUGGAGCCCGAGGUGUUGAGAUGAAUAUGCUAGGUGUUCCACCUGGACUCCCACCUGUUCCGCCCGGAACUGGAUUUCUCUCUAAUUUGGGGAAUCUGCCAAAUCAUGCUAUGUUUUUUAAUCAACCAGGCCCUGGAAGAGGGGCGCCACCUAACAUGUCUGGUUCAAAUUUUAGUGUCCUAAUACCAGCAGGUCGGGGACAGGCUCAAGAUAAACCUAAUGGAGGUUGGGUUCCUCCUCGAACUAAUGCACCACCUGGCAAAGCUCCUUCUAGGGGUGAGCAGAAUGAUUACUCCCAAAAUUUUGUAGAUACUGGCACGAGGCCUCAAAAUUUCAUCAGGGAACUAGAGCUUACCAGUGUUGUUGAGGACUAUCCCAAACUUCGAGAACUUAUUCAAAGGAAGGAUGAGAUUGUUGUCAAAUCUGCUUCGCCUCCCAUGUAUUACAAAUGUGAUCUGCUUGAGCAGGAGCUCUCCCCGGAGUUUUUUGGGACCAAAUUUGAUGUCAUUCUAAUAGACCCCCCAUGGGAGGAAUAUGUUCAUCGAGCUCCUGGUGUCACUGACCAUAUGGCGUACUGGACAUUUNCGGAUGUGGAGAACCUCAGGUGCAAAUUAUUUGCAAUUGCUGACACUCCAUCAUUUGUUUUCCUUUGGGUUGGUGACGGUGUGGGGCUUGAGCAAGGGCGUCAAUGUCUGAAAAAGUGGGGAUUCCGCAGGUGUGAGGACAUAUGUUGGGUGAAAACAAAUAAAACCAAUGCAACUCCAGGAUUACGGCAUGAUUCCCAUACUUUAUUUCAGCGUUCGAAGGAGCACUGCCUUUUGGGUAUAAGAGGAACUGUUCGCCGUAGUACGGAUGGCCAUAUAAUUCAUGCAAAUAUUGACACAGAUGUGAUUAUUGCCGAAGAACCUCCUUAUGGUUCAAGUGCAAAGCCUGAAGAUAUGUACCGUAUAAUUGAGCAUUUUGCACUUGGCCGGAGAAGGCUUGAGCUCUUUGGCGAAGACCAUAAUAUUCGAUCUGGCUGGUUGACUGUUGGUAAAGGGUUAUCUUCAUCAAACUUUAGUGCAGAGGCCUAUUUGCGGAAUUUUGCCGAUAGGGAUGGAAAAGUCUGGCAGGGAGGGGGAGGAAGGAAUCCACCACCAGACGCCCCACAUCUUGUUACUACAACACCUGAAAUAGAGGCUCUUCGGCCCAAGUCGCCAAUGAAGAAUCAGCAGCAAAUGCAGCAACAGUCAGCAUCUAUAUCUCUGACAACAACCAACUCUUCCAACAAGAGGGCAGCCGGGAACACAGACCAGAAUAAUAACUCACAAAACGUGAACCAAGAAGCCUCUAGCUCUAACGUUUCGAAUCCAGGUCCUUGGGUUUCACAAAUGGAGAGUUUUCAAGGGAGAGAGAGUGGACAUAUGAUUUCAGAUGAUAGGCUUUUUGACAUGUACGGGUACAAUGCAGCCUAUAGAUAGACGAACACUGAAUUUGUGGAGUAUGCGAUCUCAUAAAGCAAUGAGUUUAUUGUAGCGAGAAAAUCACAUUAGUUGUGCCAACAUCAUGAUGUCUUUGUUUUCUUUUCUUUCUACGUUAUAAUUUUAAAUAGGGCACGAAGAUGCCUUCAUUUCUGUA